GGGGUGGGUAACUUCCGCUUCCGGCCUUCCAGUUCCGGGUUUCCCGGUGGAGGCGGCGAUGGCGGCGGCCUCCUCCUCCGCGGCGGCGGGGUGCCGGGAGGGCCCGGCGGCGGCGGCGGGGCCUGGCUGGAGCGAGUCCCAGUUCCGCCGCUACUCCUUCGAGACGCGGCCCAUCCCGCGGCUCAGCUACAGCGAUCCCCGCGCCGAGGAGCUCAUCGAGAAUGAGGAACCAGUGGUGCUGACAGAUACGAAUCUGGUUUAUCCUGCUCUGAAAUGGGACUUGGACUACCUCCAGGAGAACAUUGGCAAUGGGGACUUCUCAGUGUACAGUGCCAGCACACACAAGUUUUUGUACUAUGAUGAGAAGAAGAUGGCCAAUUUCAAGAACUUCAAGCCCAAGUCAAGCAGGGAAGAGAUGAAGUUUGCUGAAUUUGUGGAUAGACUUAAAGAAAUACAACAGAAAGGGAGUGCUGAGAGGCUAUACCUGCAGCAAACCCUGAAUGACACAGUUGGAAGGAAGAUUGUAGUGGAUUUUCUUGGCUUCAACUGGAACUGGAUUAACAAGCAGCAAGGGAAACGUGGCUGGGGUCAAUUGACUUCUAACCUACUUCUUAUUGGCAUGGAAGGGAACGUGACACCAGCUCAUUAUGAUGAGCAGCAGAACUUCUUUGCUCAGAUUAAGGGCUACAAGAGAUGUAUCCUGUUCCCUCCUGAUCAGUUUGAGUGCCUCUACCCUUAUCCUGUGCACCACCCAUGUGACAGGCAGAGCCAGGUGGACUUUGACAAUCCAGAUUAUGAGAAGUUUCCAAACUUCCGGAGUGUUGUAGGCUAUGAAACGGUGGUGGGUCCAGGCGAUGUGCUGUACAUACCUAUGUACUGGUGGCACCACAUUGAAUCUCUCCUGAAUGGGGGGAUUACCAUCACUGUGAACUUCUGGUACAAGGGUGCCCCUACCCCAAAGAGAAUUGAAUAUCCAUUAAAGGCUCAUCAGAAAGUGGCGAUAAUGAGGAACAUUGAGAAGAUGUUGGGAGAGGCCCUAGGAAAUCCACAAGAGGUGGGUCCCUUGUUGAAUAUGAUGAUUAAGGGACGGUAUGACUAAUGGCUGGCUGCCCGGGUGACUGAUGUUGGAGCUGCUUUGUUCACAAGCAAUGGAAGAUAUUGAGCGCUAGUAUUGCACGCAGCACUUAACAGACUGAUGGGUUUCCUGGCCCAUCCCUGUCCCUGCCCCACUACAAUAAAGGGGGCUACUGGAACUGCAGAACCAUUAGUAUCCCAUCCAUCCUCCACUCUCAUCUAACUGAACCUCCCAAGAAAGAGUCUGCACUUAUUGGAAGCUGGAUUCAUGCUCACUAACUUGUUAUUUUUUUGCCCUCCCUCUGCCCUGUUUGCCACAACAAGAAGCAUGGCUGCUGGCACUCAGAUAUGUUGCUUAAGGAUUUUCAGGCAUUUGAAGAAGAGCUUGGAGGGGAACCAGGAGUGGUCUUGUUUCCUCAGCCUCCUGGGGUUUGGUCUCCCUGGCUGGGUUUAUGUGUUGGUGCCUGCAGUGGAUAUAAGAUGAGAAAUGUUAGAUUUCACAGUCCUCUGUUGUUAGAGGACCUGUCCAUGCUCAAUUCUGGCACCUUUUUGUAUAGUGGAAAUGAACAUGUGAUGGCCUGUGUGUGAGGAGCAACUGGACAAAUGAUUCAUUUCCUUCAAUUUAAGACUUAUGCUUGGGACUUUGAUACAGAAUAGAGAGAUCAGAGUAAAUUCAUCUGGUAUGUGAGCACCGAAUCCUAUGCUGUCCAAAUGGCAUCCGUGUUGCAGGAGUAUAGAUAAACCUCCUUCCUUCUGACAGCAGCUUUCUCUGCAGAGUGAAGGCUUCUCUCCUGCUGUUUUGAAGCUGCAGAAUGGUUAAAAGGGGAUGUAGCAUUAUGAAGGGAGAUGCAUAAACACCAGGGUGCUCUUCAAGUCUUGGAUGUUUUAGCUACAUUUUAAAAGAAAUUCUCCAGGGAUGCUGAGCUAUAAGGUCAAAAUGCCAUGUCAGAUAGGUACAGAGCCUCCCUUCUCCCCACCAGGGAGUGCCGGCUCCUUGGACUAACAUGGGAAGUGCCCUUUUUACUGAAACUGCAAGAACUUGGGUGUGUGUGUGUGUGUGUGUGUGUGUGUGUGUCUGCGCACAGGUGCGCAUGUUUGUGUGAUGUUGUGUGGCUCCUGUCCAUCAGUUUAAUUCAUGUCAGUGUGUGGUUCCCUUCCUUGUACAGUCAUGUGAAAGACGUCAGGGCUUUUUGUUUGAAUGUGGUUAAGUUUAUAGUCAUCCUUUUUAUGUUCUGGGUCUUGACAUUAGCAGGCCAGGAAGCAACAAAAAACAGGGCACAGGAACCAGGGGAGCCUCUGUUUAGAGACUUCAGCAGUAACCCUGAAAAAUCGUUUAUGCUUUCUUCCACCUCUUCCAUGCAAAAGCCUUAGACUCAUAUAGAGGCUGGCUUUUUUUUGCUACUGUGCACUGCCUUGCUGUUCCUGGUUUGGGGGGUGGAGCAAAGGAGUUGUAUAUUUGGUGUGGUUGUAAUGUGUCCCAGGAGCUAGAGAUAGAUGGAGUAUGAAACAGCUUCUUCUAACUCAUCCCAGAGACUAGUGGGAGAUUGUUCAAUUGAGACUUCCCAGUGCUUUUCCUUUGUUCUUCAGGGCUUGUUCUGACAUGGGUUUCUGAUAAAUGUGUUGAGAAGAUGCUGCUGAGGAAGCACUCUGUAUCUUUGGCUUCAGGUCCCAUCUUGUGCUGAGACAGCUUACAUACCACUUGCUGUGAGCUUCUUUUGUACAAAGGUGGAAGACUUCUCUAACAGGGGGUCCCAGGGGCUUGUUCUGUGGCUGCUUUACAGGUCAGAAGAAAAAAAUGAAGUGUAAUUGGCAGCUGCAGGGCCCUUGUUAAAAAGUAUGUCCAUGUCACUGAGUAAUCUGAUUGCUGUGUUACUUGUUGUAGACUAUUCAGAGCUCUGGUUAGAUUUAAAGGUCACUCAGCUGGAUGGUUAUCAAUACUCCGCCUUUGGGCAGGUGGGGAAGAAGGCCAGGCUACUGACUCUGGCCAAAAACAAGGCCUUCCCAGGAAUCUGGGGCACAUGCAUAGCCUCUGCUGUUAGAUGGAAGAUGUUUAAGUGAGACUCCAGCUCUGUGCUACUUACUUAGCACAUGGUAGAUUCAAGUACUAUUUGUUAGGCACCAUCAAUUCUUGAAGCUCAGGGUGGGAGUUCACAUCCCUUGUGGAGAAAGAAUGGUACAAGUGGAACUUAAGGAUUUUUUUUCUUUAUUUGCCAAAGGUCUAACUUUUUAAGUGUCUGAACAGUUUUUGCUGCACUUGACUUUGUGAAAGCUCAUUUACAAUGCACUGAUGGACUGACUCCCCCCUUCCCUUUUCACCUUGUGCUUUCGAUGCCCCUUGCCAUGGUAUUGGGAAGCUCUGUGUGUUCUAUGCUAGGGGUGUGUGUGGAAUGCAGGGGGUGGGGUGUGGAAAAACACACGGUACCUUCUGAAGUGUAGUUCUUAAAUACAACCAAUGUUGAACAACAGAAGUGUGCGGCUCUUAUUCUGUGAGUGUCUAGAUAGGAGAGCUUUUUAAGGAGAUGUGCAUCUGAAGUUAUUGUUCAGUCUUUCUAAUAACUCUGCUUGUAUUCUUCACUAGCGAAGGCUUGUGGUCUCUAGAGCUGCCUUCGAAAUAGCAGUGCUAACUUCAUUACUGUGUGUUUGCACCACCUUCCCUUGACCAUUCCCCUAAGUUUGCGAGGAAAGCUGGGAAUGAGACUGUAUCCUUCAACUCUGUCAAGUAUGAACAAAUUCCCUUCCCUGCUGGCCUGAGUGGGAGAUUUAUGCUCUGGUCACUGACUCACAGAGCAAACUACACCAUCAAGUCUAAUGAAUUGUGUCAGUUGCUUCUCUUUGGGAUAUCUUGUGCUCCCCUUGUUCCUUAAUCUGAAUCACACUUUGGACAAGGUGAUUUUGGUGGGAGGCUUCCACUGUACCUCUGUUGUGUGUUGGCGGCCUUGGGUGGUGGAGUCCUCUCUACUUUUUCAACACAACUUAUUUUACAUUAAUAUUAGCUCUACAGCCCCUUUGGCAUCAAUGAAACAUUAGUGGCAAGUCUCCGAUGUGUAUUAUGGGGGAGAAUUGAAUAGAGGAUAGAGGUUUGGGGGGCAUGUGUGUCAAGGAGCUGUCCGAUACUGAGGUCCCACAACUGUCAUUCUCUCCUCACCCUUGGAGGGACAAUAUGGAUAUGGAGAAAGUAGGAAAGGCAAAUGGAUAUGUCUUCUAUGGCCAUGGGCAUUCACACUUCCAUGCUGUGCCUGCUGGGAUCAUAAUCUCUUUGAACACACAGUUGUUACUGGUCUACUGAAUACAGUGUUCUGUAUUCAGUAUGACAGAUCCUGUAGUCUGUGUUGUCCACAUGCCUCUUGGGUAACAUGAAUGGAUGGUACUGCAAAGCUUAGAAAUGUCUCGGGGAAUGUAGAGGAAUAGAGGAAGCUGAGGAACGAGAACUGUCGUUUAAAAACCAGAUAAGACUCUGAAGGUUUUCCCUCAUACUUUUAGUCUUCCUGGUUUGCUGUUUCUGUUAGGUCGUGUAAUAUCUUUUUUCUCUUUUGCUUCCCCCAUUCCCCUGUUCUUAGAAAAGUGGGAUUUUUCCAGGGAGGAGAGACAUUUCUCUUAAUCCUCAUAGAUCCUGGCUGCCAGAGCUUUCCUGUAGACAGAAGAGCAUGGGUUUUUAGACUGAUAUGCUGUUUUUCUCCCUGCUUUGGCCUCUAGCACUCCAGAGGUGCUUGAAGGAGGAAGUAGAGCCUCAGCUUAAAAGGUGUUCCCAAGAAAGAGGAGUUAAGUCCAGGCUGAGGCUUCUUUUGUUUCACAGCACCUCUUACCAAUGAGCAAGCUGACUUUGAACAAAGCCAACUACUCCUUAACUUGGCUAAUCAAAGCCCUAGAAGGGGGAGAGUGUGCUCAGGGUCUUGACAAUCCCUUAACAGGCCUUACUGUUGAUGCACGAUCAAAUCAUGCUGCUCUCCCUCCCCUGGAAGUGGAGCAGCAGCCGGAGCAGGAAGUACUGCGCUGGCAUGUUUUUUUCAUAGUGCUUUCCUCUAAGCUUCCCUUCUGCCACAUGGGUAUGAGGAGCUUCCUGGCACUCUUUUAUGGUCUCCAUCUUCCAUUCCUGUUGCGGAGAGAGCAGCUUUUCUGUCCAUGUCCUGGCAAGUUCUGAAGUCACCAUCUUCCAUAUGCACUUCUCUGCAUUUGUGCUGUGUAGGGUUACCCCCAAGGAAAGGGGAGGAGAUGCUGCUACUGUGACAAACACAUGCAAAGUAAGUUCUAAUUACUGCCUCACAAAGUCAAAUAUUUGUUGCAAACGGAGGACUAAUUGUGGGGGGAGGGAGCGGAAGUAGAGGCUCUUGGAUCGUAAGUGGAACAGAUGCCCGGACGCCUUGGGGAAACGCAGCUUUCCUUUACAAAUCAGAGCUUUAAAUUACAAGGCUUUUACCAACGAGAACAGUUGUGGGAAGUCGUCUGCUCUCAUUUGCGUAAUGGCUUCUGUCACUGGUGAUUAGACACAGGAUGAAGGAAAAGAAAUUUGACAAUUAGGAAUGAGCGAUCAUUAAUCAGAAUCUUUGUUAGGAGGAGGGAGGGGGGGGAGAAUAUCCCGCAAACAAUGGAGGCAGCCACAAGAGCCACGGUGAAGCCCGUAAGUUGUGCAACUCCCAAGUGCUAGUGUUGCUCUACAGAGCCCCCUCCGCUGAGCUAUGGAGCAGCAGCAAGGGCCUUGGCUCACUUGAAAAGCUUGUGGAGGAAGGCAGGAAAAUCCUUCCCUUGCUGUACAGUGAUUCUCAGCCAACUGCUUUAUAAGGGAGAUGACAUUUUGGAGCCCUCUACCUGCCCCAUCAACAGUUUGUGCUUCCUUUUCAGUGCCUGGACAUGAAUUGCCAGGGGGAAGGUAAAAGAAAAAAAACCCCACAACUUAAAUUCUUGCAGAGUCUCCCCUCCCCAAACCUUGAAUACAACUUUGCAGUUUCUAGUGGAGAAGAGCUGGAAGGGGUCUUGACUGGCAUGCAAAAAGAUUAGGAUGAGCAAAGCGAAAACAGUUCCAGCUCUUCUCCUGAUAAUGUCAUUUCCUAUGAAAGCAAGGAGGAACCUGAUGGGAUGCAUGACAGGUAAAUAAAAGAAAACAGUUGUGACUGCUUUGUGUCUCUGUCAUUUGCUGGCUUAGCUGAUCAUCCAGCCAAGCACAAUCCAGUGAUACACAUUUAUUUGUUUUUGUGUUUUUCGAUCAAAUUAUCAGAACACAUGAAACUACCUGUUUUUUCUCACAGCUGUCGUCUCUGAAGGCAUUCUCUCUGACUGCUGCUGUCAGGAGGCACAGACAGGGAUAUAGUGAGCAGAACAUCUUCAGCUUUACACUAAUGAGCAAAAUCAUAUCCCUCAGGUGAGGGCUUAUAUUCCACCAAAGCAAGGUGUGGCUAGGGGGUCAGGUCAAGUGCAGGGACAAAUGGCUACGUGGCAGUCAGGGGCACCAGUGCUCCCUGCUGCAACACCUAUGCUGAACUGAUUUAUAGGAAUAUGACAACUUUUGUCAAACCCCUUCCCUUCAGCGGAAUGGCACUUCGAUCUCAAUACGCAGUCCUGUUUGUUUAGUGGACAUAAUGUUAUGCAUCUGUAGCAGCCACUGAGUGGUUAUUAACCCUCUCAGAGCAAUCAAGUUGGAAAAAAACAUCCAGCGAAAAACAUCCUUUUUUUCCACAUUAUCAUGUUGUGUAAUCUUGUUUAGAGUAAACAUACCCCUCUUCCUCUUUAUUUAAGGUUCCUAGAACAUUCCAGAGCACAGGCUUAAAUUAUGAGAGAGGAGGACUGGAGACCUACCUAUCUCGCCCCAGAGAAAGGGCAGGUAGUGCUUGUCAUCCCUCUUUCCUUAACCUUUCACUCCUGGUGAAACUGUUUAACAAUUCACUGUAUCUUUGAUCAAGUUAGGCUCAAGGAAAAACUUGUGGAUUACCUUUUUUUAGAAGAACCUACUGACACAAGAAUCAUACACAGCAAGGGACUGUUUUAAGCUACAACCCCCUAUUAAUUCCAUUGAUCACAAAGGUCCUAUGUUAAAUGCAGACCCUGUGCAAAUAAAAUCUAGAUUCCCUCUAGCUUGGAGUUCUUCACUGAGCCUGCCAUUGUCAUGCAGCAUUACAGUUCUAUCCUUCUGUUUAUUUUGGACAGGCUAGAUUUUAUGAAUUGGAUGUAAUCAGCUAUCUAAGGCCCAGCUUACCCAAUAAGCCAGUGGUAAGCAAGGCACAGAGAGACGUUCAACCCAAAAGCUAGUUUGCCUCCAGAAUUAUAGCCUAGACUGUUCCAUCAACUCUGUCACAUUAAGUCAUGUCUGUUUGAAGUUUCCUGUCCAGCAGGAAAUAUUCAUAUGGAGAAAACUUGAGGAAGUUUGGUAAGAUAUUUCAGAGCUCUUAAAGUAAAGAGAAAUAGUUGUAUUUAUGUGAUAGAUUUUUUUUCCUUCUUUCCUGAGAUCAGUCUACCAGUGUCUCUCCCUGUAACUCCUGAACCAUUUCCCUGUUUCAACAAAGCUUGCAGACCUUAAAGCUACACAACUGGUAGGAGCAUGACAUGAAUUAGAGCUUUAGUAGAGGAGACCAUCUUAAUGCCCUUAUUUAGUGGGAGCACAAGGACAGCUCAGCUCUCAUCGUUUGGAAAAGGCAGUAGCUAGUUGGUCUGUCAUCAUGCAUAAAGGUUGGAACUGGUCACAGCCUGCAGUGCUGCUUGGCCAGGCAAACAGCAAGCUGAAGAUGGAACAUAGAAAGAAUAUUUAGGAGAGAAGGGAUAUGAUGGGAUGGCUAAAGUCAAAAGAAGAACAGGAGGCUCUUGCAAGGGACCUGGUAUAGCAGAUAUGAGAAGCUUUGGACAUAUUGCAGUGGGAGUAGUGUUCGUGUGAAGUGUAUACUAUUGAGGGGAGGCUGUAGGACAUGUUUUUAGUCCUCUUACUUAAAGGAUAAGAUGGAUUUGUAUUUCAAAGUCUUGUCAAAUUAAACAACUGGGCAUGGUUUCCAGAAAGAAAGACUGCCUCUUGUUAGAUCAAUGAAAAUAAUUUGGGGUGGAUUACAGGCAAGUUCCAGGGCAUGUAAAGUUGCUGGAUGUUUUGUCCUAAGACUUGAGCUUACUGGAAUCAUUGAUUUCAGUAAGGACUUGUGUCUUUGCAAGGCUAGGUUGUUCACCUGGGGUGGAGGUUUCCAUCAGGGUGAUUAUUCUGUCUGUGAGUAGAAAUCAAAGCAGAUACCUGCACAGGGGAGGAGCUGAGCAAUUUGUCCUUGUGCCCAGCUGGCUCCAAGAUUGGACAAAUAUUAGCAGAUUGGAUUUUCAGCCUCUUCCUGUGGCUGGUAUUGUUUACCAGAAGAACUCAAAAAUGGAAGAGAGCACUGCAGAUCUCAGGACAGGAUCUAACUGGGCUUUUCAGCUAGUGCCUGAGAAUUGUUAAGAGAAUCAUUGGUCACAUUUCUCAGCCUGCUAGAUGUGUCAGGUAGUGACUUUCAUUCCCGCUUAAAUGCAUAGGGGGAGGGCUGGUUCUUCUUCAUAGUAAGAUGUUAAAUGCGUGUUUAGAAUGUUUACAACUGGAGAACCUUAUGUUUUGUGUGAAUGGUAAAGCAGGCUGUGAUAAUGUGGAGCUGCUGUUGGAAUUCACCGAUUAACAUGGAAUAAACCCUGAGAAAGCCCAGCAAUUGACAUGGAAAAGUACUGCCCUUGCUGUAGGAAAUGUCAUUGUGCUGGAUAACAGGAGCUGCAGGUGUGAUUUUCAUCCCAGAGUUUCAGGGUUUUUUUCCUGAAUACCCAGGUUUGGGUCAUUGAAAGUCUUGAUGAGAAGAACCUUGGAUUUGAUUUGAAACUCCUUGCGAAGCCAGGAUAGGAAAGAGAGUAUGUGCUAUCCUGUGCCUACAUAAUCUUAUGUUAUGAGGAGAUCUGCUGCAAGUUGUGUACUCUGUGAACUUCUUAAGCACAGAUGGCCUCAUGCAAUAAGCUACCUGAGGGUUCUAGUUGAGCUGAAAGCUGAUAAAGGAGUAAGGUAAAAUCACCUGUCUCUAUAAUAAGACAGUCUCUUGCCCACAGAGAGGGUAUAUGGGAGGGUAACAGUGGCAUCCCAGGGAGUGUUUUUUGUGGGAGAGCUUAGUACCAAGGAUGCUGGACUGAUUCUCCCCAAGCCUGGCUGCUUGGAGUUCCUUUGCCAGAGUCCAAGCUUUUGACAGUCUCUCAGAAGUUGCUCUUACCUGUUCUGUAUUUCACUGGGGUGAUAAGCCCCAGGUAGCAAAGAAUUAGUGGUGCUGGCGGGGACUUGGUUCUAAUGCUAGCUAUCAUAGGCUGUAGAGCUGGAAGGUACAGGGGCAGUAUAGCCCUGUUUGGGAUCUGAGGUAAUAAAUUUCUGGUCUUAAGUCCAUUCAUGUGAACUGCGGAGACUUGUAGGGCUGGGCAGUGUUCCUUGGCUUGUCAGGUCUGACACCACUGUGGCAAGGCAGACCUUAAUGCUCUUUGAGCUGAUGUUCAGGGUUGAUGCAAAUCUGGAGGGAACAGGAGUGGAAAUCUGAGAGGAAUUUGGGACUCUGAAGGGUCCAUUCGUCUGCCACCAACUCACUCCAAGCACAACCUGAAGCAUUCCUCAAGCUCCUUGCUUCUACCUCUUUCCCAGCACAGAGGCAAUCUUGUCUCCUGCUUUUGCAGUUUGUUUAUAGCUCUCCCCAUCCCAUCUGUCUCUACUCCUUCCUUUUCCUUCCCUCUCCCUCCCCCUCAUUCCCUGUAAGCUAUUAAUCAUUUUGACAGGCUCAGCGAUGGCCUUUAUUUCCUUGAGGCGGCCAAGAAAUGUCUGCGAGCACCUUCUUUGACACCCCUCGUGUUCUCUUGCCAAUCAGACCAGCCAGUUCUCUUGGAGUGACAUCGCCACAAAGAGGCAGAGGGAAGCGGCAGGGAGAACUCCAGCAGAGCCAGCUGGGGAAAUGGGCAUUGGGACAGCAUCCAGUUGGGGCACCAUGUGGGCCCCCCUCAGCUGUGAUGAAUCUGUUGUUUCACUAUAGCUUGGAUGUGUCAUAUUUCCCCCCCUCCCUUUCCCCAAGCUCCCCUUCAAAUCUUGGUUUCAGUGCAAAGGCAGUUGGGAAGAAACAAGGCUGCUCAGAAAAAUACCAGCUUCCAACAGAGUGGCUGGAGGGAAAAUCUGUGGGAGAAGGAAUGAGAGCAGGCUAGGAUCAUCAAGGGGAAAAGAAUGGGCAUGGUUUGGCACAUGGGAGUGGAAACCGCCCUGGGAAACUUCCCUUUGCCCUGUGCAGGAUGGAAGUUACCUCUGAGUGUCUGUCAUGGUUCACAUGGAUUGUCACAUUGUAAUCAAGGUGCCUUCCAUCCAUCUGCAGCCAAGGGAGCUCUCAGGCCAUGGUAUAUGUGAUUGCAAAUGCUCUGCCUCCAAACUGAAAUAGAUAUGGGGUGGACUGGGGCAUAUCAUACUCCCAAAAGUGUUUUGCAUGCACUCUAAUCAAGCUGUACAGCAUCCUUCAUCCCCCCUGCAUGGGACCAAGGGAUGCUCUACUUCUAGAUUUAUUCUUUCUCCUCUUAACAUGAAUACACUUCUUUUCCCAUGCUACCUUAGCAUCAUGUAGGAAUAGCUACGCUUCCAUAAGGGGCAGUGCUCCCCUGUGAGUCUGCCCUUGCUAUGGGGAAAGAAGUUUGUAGACUUUGAAAGCAAAUACCCUCUGCAGGGGGUAGGAGAGGCUCUGGAAUAAAUCCACUCUCUCAGGGGUUCUGGGGAGGUCUAGAGACCCUUUGUGCAGAGCAAUGGAUUGUAACGAAGAUUUACAAAAGUUAAGGAGAUAGUGAAGUAGAAAAGGAAGUGAAGGAUGCUGCACUGUAAGUCAGAUGGAACUCGAUGUAGAGUUCUUACACAAGGUGAUCACAUAUUGUAAGGUAGGGGAGUGGACACAGUGUCCAAAGGGGUCCUCUUGUCUCAUAUUCCUAUCACACAGCUCAACAAGUCCUGAACUGAGUCUAGAAGACAGUGAACAGGAUCAUCCUUAUUGAAAGGCCCCAGGACAAGACUGCCCUAACUCUUCAGGAUGGGCACAGAGCAGGGCAGGUGGAAGUGGAUGUUUGUGCUCAGAAGUCACCACUUCUUGAGAUGGGACAAGACAGCUAUGCAGCAGCACAAGGCCAAAUCCCCUAGCUCAAUGCAGCUACACCUCUGUGAGGAGUUAGCCAGACAGGUGAUAGCUUCCCAGAGUUAAUUGGGAGCUCACACCCUCUUAUGAAACAUCAGUAGUUACUGCUUACCCUGUGAGCUACUUUUCUUGCCUUACAUGUUAGGCAUGAGAGUCAGUUUUAGCAGCAGGGCCCACUAGCAGCAGGCUGGAUAGGUUCAGUAAAGAUGCUGAGGAAAAAAACACCACCUACUUCCUACACCACCUACUUCCUGCACCACCCAGUUGUUUUUCUUCUCAUCAUGAGAAGAUUUCCUUUCAAGUACAGACCGAAGAGCUCAUGCACCCCAAGUCCAAAGGGUGGGUAAUGAACUCAUCUGGAAUAGGCAUUUUGGUCCCUUGGUGGUUGACUGCAUCAGAUCUCUGGCAGGUAAGAUGACUUGAACUGGAGAGGAGCUAAGAGGCACUUUCCAGCAGAUCAAAAGGCAGUGUCCACUCCCUUUGACAGACAUGCUGCCCCACAUCUUGGGAGUGACCUCUGCCAAGGUCACUGCUGAGUUGCUCUAAACUCAGGGAAAUAUUGAUUUUGUGCCAGUAAUGCUAAACAGUGUUGUUGGAGAGGCCUGUAGAUGCUUGGCAUAGCAGUGUUGACCUUUGUUGGCAGUUAGGCUAGCUGAUCUGGCUCGUUUUCCACAGCUUGUACUCACGUGUCAAUGGUGAGGAAGGCUGGCUUUGUGAUUCUAGGCUAGCAGUCACUACUGGCUUCAGUCUUGUCUCCAGUGUGAGGCCUCGGGGAAGUUAUGUUUGCUCCCUUGUGUUCAGUUAGGACUGCAAAUCAUUCAUUAGGGCUUUAUUUUGCAGCAGUAAAUGACCUGUUCCUGGACAGUUAGUUCCACAAAAGAGAAGUAAUGUUUCCUUCUUGGAUAUAACAAGAAGGCAAAAUGGCCAAGGUCUUCAACAGUUUAUCUCAGUGCUGGGAGCUUUCAGGAAGAAAGCGUAGGAUCAGCAGAAAUGGAGUCUAAGCAAUGCAAUUAGUGAUGGCUAUCCUAGAAAGCCUGUUUUAAGUCAUGAAUAACCCCCCGAUGGGAUGUAGGUCUUUAAGGAUUCAUGCCUGUUGCAUGCACUCGUGGCUGGGCAUCAUGUAGCGUCACAGUGACAAAAUACAUAUCUUCCAGGAUUUAUGGGAAUUAUCAGAUUAUUUUAUUUCUGUAUGCAGAAGUUAUUGUGGCAGGAUGUCAUGGGAUAUGUUCUUUGGUCUCCAGGGCUGUGCAGAGAUUCCUCACUGAACUUGCACUUAUUUCUCUGCAGAGCUGGUUAGUAGGGCAGGCUGGAGUUGACAACGUUGAACUGGGAACUCUUAGUUCUCUCGCGGCAGAUGCUUGUCACUUCUCCCCGUGAGCAUCCAUACCAUGCAGUGGAGCAGGUGGGGACAGCACAGGAUUAGGGCAGAGGCGUUUGCAUAACUGAAGCAGUGCUGCUACAUCAGCGCAGUGCUGAGGCCUAGGUCACUGCUGAGGUCUUAUUAUCGGAGCUGAGUCAGGUCCUCUGCUCAGUGCUGUGCUCAGUCAGUGAAAUGCAUUAGCUCACACAGGGGUAUCAGUGUUGCUGUGUAGAUGAAUCUGUUGCCAGUUUUAUCCUGGAAGGCUGUGCCUGGCUGUAUAACCACCUCUGCGGCCCUGAGCCAGCUGGAGUUGAGGGGAGUUCUGUCCUCAGGCAAUGGCUGACCUUCCUGGCAGGGUGUUUUGUGCUGCAGUGGGGUGGUAAAGUGACUUGCCUAGUUGCGAAUGGGAGGGUGUUGCAAUCAGGAGCUGUGAUCCCCAGCAUGGACAAGUUGGAUAACCCCCAGUUGGCUGGAGGCUCACUUUCAGGGGUGCAGGUUCCAGUUUCAGAACAGGUCUGUGCUGCAGGGAGGGAAGAAUGAACAAAAUCCUUUUGCAUGCAACACUGUUAUUGUCUCCAUGGGUUGCUGCAGCUUUGGGUCCAGGUGAUAAACAUCCUUGUAGUGGCCUGGGUCAUCCCAUGUCUCCUGGAAGAUCUGAGCCAUCUUCAGUUAUCUGCAAGCAUCUCUGCAUUGUGCAGCUGUUCUGUACUCUGAGCAGCACCCAAUGCAUAACAGGAAAGCUGAAGCGUGAGGGUGACUUUGCAUGUUGCUUUUAGGUGACAGGUGUUUGUGACCUUGGACACUUUGGAACUGGAGCUUAGGUCACCUGGACUUAUCUAACAUUUUGAGAUGUCCUGGCCAGUGGAGAUAUUUGUGUCUGGGUUCUGUCUGUCUGGGCUGCUCUGAAUGUUAUGGAUGUGUUGCUGCUGUCUUUGCGGAGUGGAUGAAAGUGUUUGUGGUAAAAUGUAAUCAAGUGGAAAAUUGCAGUGCAUAUAAACACAUAUGGCACUCAAUGACUGGGCAUUAGGCACAGUGACUGCAGGCAAAAAAAUUAUCUGUAAACGUUUCGCAGCAAGUUUCAAAAUCUUAAAGAACAAUAAGAUAUUAGCAAUUUAAUGGGGUGAUUCAGCGAGGCAGCGAUCCUUGCGUUGGGAGAACAAGGAUGCAUGCAGCUGCAGUGACGGGAGCGGCUGGGAUUACUCAGCCAAGCUCAACAAACCCUGUCUCCCAGCACAAGACAGCUGCCAAAGGUUUCCUUCACAUGGCAAGGUGUCUGUGCUUUGAGAGGAGAGAGCCAGGAGGUGGCCUGUGAACCUUACCAGGGCCACCUUCCAGCCUCCUCCAAGAGCCUGCUGUUUACAGCAGCAUUUGGAAGAGGUUGCCUGCAGUCAAUGAGGCAGAACUGAUGGGCUAGGUGGAUCAGGCCUGGCUGUGGUCAGGAGCUAUGGAGUCACUGCAGGUUAAUGGCUGGCUUGGCCUCCCAAAAAGGGAGCUAUGGGUCCGGUUCACUUCUAUGUCUCCAGUCUCCAUCUGCUGACACUGCCUGGGGAAGCAUGUUCUCAGCUAUUGCAGAGCCUGCAGCAGUUCAGGUCCUUCCUGUGAGCAAUCAUUUUGUGCCCUGCUAUGGAGCUGUGUCAUGUCUUGGAGCUGAACUACGGUCUUUAGUAUCUAACACUGUGGGACUUCACUGCCUCAGCUGGUUGUCAGUCUCCAAACUUCCCACUUUGAUCCAGCUACUUGCAGGGGACAAAGGCAUGUCAGGCCAGCAUAUGAAAGCAGUUUUCUUUGACUGGCCAAAGGCAAAAGUACCAAAGUGGUGUUUUUUCUCCUCUUGACCUAUGCUAUCUUUCCUUUUUCUGACAUUAGGCAGGUUGCCUACGAGCGGGAGGAAGGGAGAAGUGCAGCUUGCCAGUACAUCUCCCACUGGACAUAGAAGCAUGGCUCAAAUAUUAGGAGAAAUAUAGUCUUGAUAGCUCUUGAUAGCCCUAAGAUCCUGGAUCUGGUGACAAAUUUGCUCAGCAGUUGAUGAGGGAAACGGCUUCUGAAGGAGUGAAAAGGGUAUCAAAAUGCAAAAUUGGUCCAGCAAGGCCUGACUGAUUCUGAUCCUUUCUGGGGAGAAAUCUUCCCAAACUAACCAGUGACAUUGAGAACUGCCCAAAUUAAAUAAAAAUAGACAAAUCCAUUGUUUCUGGGCUACAAGUCACAAGUGACUGCUUCACAGGAGCAUGAGGACGUGGUAGUGCCCUAAGUUAUUGUGGGUGAAGCAACAGGGUCUCCUUGCCUUUCACCGUAGGACUCUUCAUUUUCAUGCCAACCUGUAGACACCCAUGAGAACAUGCCUUUUCUUGGAUGUGGGGUCUGAUCCUGGAGAGUGAAACUGCAAGUGAUAGUGUGCCAGCACUUUAGUGAUAUUACAGGCAGACUUGUCUUCAUGUCUUUGGCUUUAUCUGGCAAACUCCCUGGGGCUGAAUUUAGGAUUAAGUAUCAUAUCUGCCAAACUUGAGUACUCAGCUCUGGAUGGAAUAACUGAGCAUAAUGAUAGGAGAAGCUUUUAAUAAAUUACUUUUAAGUGUUUAUUUCCAUUA